AUGUCUGAUAACAGAGAAGAAAAUUAUGGAGAGAACAAUGGUUUUACUGAGGGAGGUGAACAUUGUGAAUCAUAUGGUGAUAAUAUGGUUAUAGUUGGAAAUUAUGAUGAGGUAGUUGAAAGCUUUGAUUCUAUGGGAUUAAAGGAUUCUCUUCUUCGUGGUAUUUAUGCUUUUGGUUUUGAACGUCCUUCUGUUAUCCAACAACGUGCUAUUGUACCAUGUUGUGGUAAUAAAGAUGUUAUUGCUCAAGCUCAAUCUGGAACUGGUAAGACUGGUACUUUUUCCAUAUCAGUUCUUCAAUCAAUUGACACUAAUUUACCUGAAACUCAAGCUCUUAUUAUGGCACCUACAAGAGAACUUGCUCAACAAAUUCAUCAAGUAAUUGUUGAAAUAGGAUAUUACAUGGAUGUUAAAGUUCAUGCUUGUAUUGGUGGAACAAAUGUACGUGAUGAUCAACGUAUUCUUUCAUCAGGUGUACAUGUUGUUGUUGGAACACCAGGACGUGUCAAUGAUAUGAUUUCUCGUAAAUUUUUGAAAACAGAUCAUAUAAAAAUGUUUGUUCUUGAUGAGGCUGAUGAAAUGUUGUCUAUGGGAUUUAAAGAACAAAUUUAUAAUGCUUUUAAGGCUUUACCACAUAAUGUUCAAGUUGUUCUUUUGUCUGCUACAAUGGCUCAAGAUGUAUUGGAAGUCACUAAAAAGUUUAUGAAUGAUCCAAUUAAGAUUUUGAUUCGUGAAGAGGAAGUUACACUAGAAGGUAUUAGACAAUUUUACGUUAAUAUUGGAAAGGAGCAGUACAAGUUUUCAACACUUUGCGAUCUUUUCUCCAUUGUUUCAAUUACUCAAUCAGUCAUCUUUUGUAAUACUAGGAGGAAGGUUGAAGAUUUAGCUGCUCAAAUGAAAGAACAAAAAUUCACUGUAUCAUUUAUGCAUGGAGAUAUGGAUCAACAAGAACGUAAUGUUAUUAUGCGUGAAUUUCGUUCAGGAUCAUCUCGUGUCCUUAUCACUACUGAUCUUUUGGCACGUGGUAUUGAUGUACAACAAGUAUCACUGGUUAUCAAUUACGAUCUCCCAGUUAAAAGAGAAAAUUACGUUCACAGAAUUGGAAGAACCGGACGUUUUGGUAGAAAAGGAGUUGCUAUUAAUUUUAUUACUGAUGCUGAUCAAAGACAAUUACAAGAUAUUGAAAAAUACUAUAGUACGAGAAUUGAUGAAAUGCCAGAGAACAUCGCCAACUUCCUCUAA